AUGGCUCUUCAAAAAGCUAUAGUUGCUAAGGGACAGUCCAUAAAGAGACCAUCUCUGUUUGAUGGCUCAAAUUACCCGUAUUGGAGUACUAGGAUGUCAAUAUACAUUAGAGCAAUAGAUUAUGAGAUGUGGGAUGUCAUAACUAAUGGUCCCUUUAUUCCUUUAACCUUAAAUGUUGUAACCAACGAGAUAAUUCCUAAGCCAAGGUCUGAAUGGACAGAAGUUGAAACCAAAAAGAGUCUAAACAAAUUUAAGGCAAUCAAUACACUGCAUUGUGCUUUAACUCCCACUGAAUUCAACAAGGCGUCAAGCUGUACCACAGCUAAACAAGUGUGGGAUAAACUUAAAAUUAUUCAUGAAGGAACUUCACAAGUCAAGGAGUCCAAGAUAGCUCUCUUAACCCACAAUUAUGAGAUGUUUAAGAUGGAAUCUGGUAAAGAUAUCACCAGCAUGCUAGAUAGAUUCACAAACAUUACAAAUAAAUUAAGCCAGCUAGGCAAACUAAUUCCUAAACAUGAAAUUGUUAAAAGACUUCUUAGAAGCCUACCCAAAAAUUUAGAGCCUAAGGUGACUGCCAUCCGUGAAGCCAAGGACUUAAAUGUUAUAACUCUGGAUGAAAUUUACGGUUCUCUUCUCACUCACAAGCUAGAACUCAAGAAAGAGGAUAAAGAAGACAAAAUAGAUGCUAAAGAAAAGAAGAAAAGCAUUGCCUUAAAAGCAAGCAUCCUAGAAGAAGCAUUGGAUAGUUUAUCCUAUGAUGAUGAUGAGGAACUAGCUAUGGUUGCAAAAAGGUCAGAAUGCCCCUUGCUGAAGGAGGAAACUCCCAAGAAAAACAGAAAAUCGAAGAAAGCAAUGGUGGCUGCAACUUGGUCAGAUAGUGAUACCUCAAGUUCUGAUGAUGAAGAAGAAAAGGUGGAAGAAAGAGCUAAUCUAUGUAUGAUGGCAAGGGAUGAUGAAUCCGAGGUUGAGCUGAAUCUAAAAGACACAUGUUCAAGAGCUCAACUAAAGGAGAAGGAACCCUGGUUUAUGGACAAUGGUUGCUCAAGGCACAUGAUUAGAAACGAAGUGUUGUUUGCUCAACUGGACAAGAAAAAAGGAGGUAUCGUUUCCUUUGGUGAUGACUUAAAAGGUAGAAUUUAUGGUAUAGGAACCAUUGGUAAGAACUUUCAAGCUUGA